AUGUCUGUGAACUACACAAAAGCUGGGGAUGAAGGGGAAACAAGGACACUUCCCACAGUGGUUGUCGGAAAGAAACACCGCAGUCGCCCACGUGAGUUGGAAUUUUCACACGUUCUCUUGAUGUGCUACGCCAAGCAAGGCACAGUGUUUAUCGACGGCGAGAAGCCCGCUGCUCGUGUCAACCUCGACCAAGCACCACUUAAACAUUCCGCUUGCAUGCACACAAUGGUGGAUUAG